UGGCUGACGCUGCUCUGGCGGAAACGGUGGUGGCCGCGGGGCCGGUGUCAGGUGAUCCGAACUGAGCAGCGCUGAGUCGGGGAGCGCUCGGGCCCGUGUCUGUGUGCGGCAGUCCCCGGUCUGGAUCCGCGCCCCGGUCCUGCCCAUGGACGAGUCAAGCCCCUUGGUGUCUCCGGAGCGCGGCUCAACCCCGGGCUAUGGGCUGCCUGGGAGUGCCGUGCGCUCUCCGCCUUGCCCCACUGCCCCCAGCAUUCCCUCCGGACCGUGUCCGUGUCCCUCCCCACCCGGGUCUCCCUCAGGCGGCCGCGACCGCGAGCGCCAGCCCCUGCUGGAUCGGGGUGGGGGCGCGGUGCGGGGGGCUGUGGGGGCGAGUGGGGCGGCCCAGAUCCAGGCUCAAGCCGGGCUAGGGGCAGGAUCCACUGCCGUAGCCCGCGCGGAGCGGGAGCCCCGGAACGAGUUUCCCGAUGACCCAGAGUUCGGCGAGGUGGUGCGGUUGGCAGAAGUGGCGAGCGAGCGCGGCAUCUAUCCAGAGCGUAUCUACCAAGGCUCUAGUGGCAGCUAUUUCGUCAAGGACCCACAGGGGAAAAUCAUAGGUGUGUUCAAACCUAAGAAUGAGGAACCCUACGGGCAUCUGAAUCCCAAGUGGACAAAAUGGCUGCAGAAACUUUGCUGUCCUUGCUGUUUUGGGAGGGACUGCCUUGUCCUCAACCAGGGAUAUCUGUCUGAGGCAGGUGCUAGCCUUGUUGACCAGAAGCUGGAACUGAACAUUGUUCCUCGCACAAAGGUAGUGUAUUUGGCCAGUGAAACAUUUAACUACAGCGCCAUUGAUAGAGUGAAGUCCCGGGGCAAACGCCUGGCCCUGGAGAAAGUGCCAAAAGUCGGGCAGAGGUUUAACCGAAUUGGGCUUCCUCCAAAGGUGGGCUCCUUCCAGCUCUUUGUGGAAGGCUACAAGGAUGCGGAUUACUGGCUGCGGCGCUUUGAGGCUGAGCCACUCCCUGAGAACACUAACCGCCAGUUGCUGCUGCAAUUUGAGAGAUUGGUGGUGUUGGACUAUAUCAUUCGCAAUACUGACAGAGGUAAUGACAACUGGCUAAUCAAGUAUGACUGCCCCCUGGACAGCACAAGUGUGCGGGACUCGGAAUGGGUGGUGGUAAAAGAGCCAAUAAUUAAACUAGCAGCUAUUGACAACGGUCUAGCUUUCCCCCUCAAGCAUCCAGAUUCCUGGAGAGCGUACCCUUUCUACUGGGCAUGGCUGCCACAGGCCAAGGUGCCCUUCUCCCAGGAGAUCAAGGACCUGAUCCUGCCAAAGAUUUCAGACCCCAAUUUUGUCAAGGAUCUGGAAGAAGAUCUCUACGAACUCUUUAAGAAGGAUCCUGGUUUUGACAGGGGCCAGUUCCACAAGCAAAUUGCUGUCAUGCGUGGUCAGAUUCUGAAUUUGACACAGGCCUUGAAAGAUGGGAAGAGCCCGCUCCACCUGGUCCAGAUGCCUCCUGUCAUAGUCGAGACCGCUCGCUCGCAUCAGCGUUCUGCCAGUGAGUCCUACACGCAAAGCUUCCAGAGCCGCAAGCCCUUCUUCUCCUGGUGGUAGCAGUUGCCCCUGCACUCCUUGAAGAACAUGAGGCCAGAGGGGAUCACUUGGCAGUGGGCAGCCAAUCCUCCAGACUGAGGCUGUGGGAGAUGCAAGCAGGUGCUCCAGUUGGCCUCAACUCUGCACAUUCCCAGCAGGAAGGAGAGUCCUUCGUCAGACUGACUGCUGCUCCCCCUCACGGCGGGUUGGACAUGCCUGCUCCCCAGCCUCCGCUUGGCAGCAUCUCUGAGCAGGUGCUUGCAUGCCGCACCCUUGGGUCUGAAGGCACUUCCCUCCUGUCCAUCUGCAUGGAGAGCAGGUCUUCCACCGGGGAAAGCUGGUGGCAAGUGGAGUCCCUGAAUGGGAUGGAAGUGCUACUGCUCUGUGUGCAACUACCAGCCUUUAUUUCUUUCUCCCUGACGGCACCCUCUUGUUUAUGCUGCUGAAGAGGGUGGGGCCCGUGUGCCCCACUGGGCUUGCUCUGCUGUCCUUGGUCCUAUGGAGCUGCUCCUAGUGCUGUGUGUAUUAGUAGUCUCUCGGGACCGUAAGAGUAGUCUCUUAUGGCCCUGUAUGGAGCCGGGCUGUAACUGGCUGCUACUGGAGGAAUCCACAUGGGGACAGAGGGAUGAGCUUGAGCUUCUAAGUUUGUUGGUAACUGCUGCUGCCUGCUGGGAGCAGUGAUAAAUGCUGGAGAUGUGGGUACUGCAAGAGAGCCCUAGAGAGGGAGAGUAUGGUUGUACUGCCCUUACUUCAUGCAGUGAGGGAGUGAAGGCCUCAAGCAGAAGAUUUUAAUUUGAUUUUAAAUCAUCCACCCCCUGUGCAUAUACUCAGUCCCACUGCAAGUGAGGAGGUAAUAUUGUAGCACUGUUGCCUUGGGCUAGUCACUUAUACCCCAUGGUCCUUGGAGUCGUAGCUGGCUUGCCCCUCUAGAAGAGCAGCUGGGAAAAGAAGAGGCGAUUGUCCGGGGCUGCUGCCUCCAUCUUCCUGUGAAAGUGGAAACAUCCCCUGGCCUGGGUUUGAGCAUUGACAAUCGGGGAAGGAUUCUGUGUGGGAAGUUGGCGUGGGUGGGGCCAUCCUAUUUCCCCUGCAACCUGAGGUUAGGGCCACUUCCAUACUGAGCCUAUACCUUGUGUACAGUGGAAUGGUACUAUGAAUGUUGCUUUCUGGAAGCUACUGUGCUAAAUCCAUGGCAAGAACUUACCAUCUGGAUAUUGUCAAUUAGUAUCCUGGCUUCUCCUUGGGUGUUGGUAACUUGGCUGCUGCCCAGACCUGAUAGGAGAGGCUUCGUGCCAAGUCAAACCCAGCUUCCCUCUUGUUCUGGCCAGGGGGCUGGUAUCUUAUAAAUGGGGUCUGCCUUCUGAUAUUCCUGGGUGGAGUGUCAGUUCCCUGCUCCAUGCCCGAGGUGCCAGGCUGAAGCUGCUGUACUUGGCACCAAGGGAUACUUUUCCUCUUGCCAGCCUGAAUUGAAAUGUAUUGUUCUUAUGCACUGUAGAAAACGUAUGUAAUAUAUUUAAAUCAAUGCAAGUAUCUUCAUAACAGGUCUGCAGUUGCAGAA